GCGCGGGGCGCGCGCGGGACGGAGGGAGCGAGCGGCGGCUCCGUGAGGGCUCCGUGAGGGCUCCGGCGGCGGCUGCGGCAUGUUUCAGACUUUGUACAACUAUUUUUGGUGGGAACGGCUCUGGCUCCCGGCAAACCUCACCUGGGCUGACCUGGAGGACCGGGAUGGGCGAGUCUACGCCAAAGCCUCUGACCUGUACAUCACCCUCCCCUUGGCCUUCCUCUUCCUCGUUGUCCGGCACCUCUUUGAGACGUACGUGGCCACCCCCCUGGCCGGGCUCCUGAAUGUCAAGGAGAAGGUUCGGUUAAAAGCCACCCCCAAUGCGGUGCUGGAGAAGUUUUACACUGCCACCUCCAAACACCCCAAGCAGGCCGACGUGGAGAUGCUCUCCAAGAAGAGCAGCUGCACUGUGCGCCAGGUCGAGCGCUGGUUCCGCCGCCGCCGCAACCAGGACCGGCCCAGCCUGCUCAAGAAAUUCCGGGAGGCCAGUUGGAGAUUCACCUUUUACCUUAUUGCUUUCAUUGCUGGCAUGGCUGUCAUAGUGGAUAAACCCUGGUUCUACGACCUCCGGGAGGUGUGGAAGGGAUACCCCAUCCAGAGCAUGCUGCCCUCCCAGUACUGGUACUACAUGAUCGAGCUCUCCUUCUACUGGUCCCUGCUCUUCAGCAUCGCCUCCGACGUCAAGCGCAAGGACUUCAAAGAGCAAAUCAUCCACCACGUGGCCACCAUCAUCCUCAUCAGCUUCUCCUGGUUCGCCAACUACAUCCGUGCCGGGACUCUCAUCAUGGCCCUGCACGACUCCUCGGAUUAUCUGCUGGAGUCUGCCAAGAUGUUCAACUACGCCGGGUGGAGAAACACCUGCAACAACAUCUUCAUCGUCUUCGCCGCCGUCUUCAUCAUCACCCGCCUGGUCAUCCUGCCCUUCUGGAUCAUGCACUGCACCGUGUUUUAUCCGCUGGAUCUCUACCCUGCUUUCUUUGGCUACUACUUCUUCAACUUCAUGAUGGUGGUGCUGCAGUCGCUGCACAUCUUCUGGGCCUACCUCAUCAUCCGCAUGGCCCAGAAGUUCAUAACUGGAAAGGUGGUGGAGGAUGAGCGGAGUGACCGUGAGGAGACGGACAACUCGGAGGAGGAGGAGGAGGUGGCCAAGAACGGGCCCCUCUCCAAUGGCCACCCUGUCCUCAACAACAACCACCGCAAAACCGACUGAGUGCCCCGGACCCGAGAGCUGCCACCGGCCCGGCCCCUCCGGCCGCGCCUCACCGGGACCCCGGAGCACCUGCCGGGCCCAGCCCCUCCGGAGCGGGGCCGCAGCUCUGCCUCACACUCACCGCUGGUGCCCUUCCACCUCUCACCUGCUGCCUUAAUCCACUGCGGUUCCCGGGACAGGCGGGGGGACCCUGCCGGGAUGGCUCCCAUCCCACCGGGGCGGCUCCUGCCCGCCCCGCAGCCCCUGGGAUUGGCUCUGGCCAAAGAGCUCGGCCCCAGCCCCGUGCUGGGCUCUCUGUGCUAUUCCUACUUUCCCAACCAUUCCUUCACCGGGGGAGGGGAGAAACCUCUUUCCCUGACCUGUGUCCGGCUGGAAAAGCCGAACUGGGAGGGAGGAGCAGGGAAUUCCUGGGUGUUUCAGUGCCUAAAUGAUGGGAUGACACUAU